AUGCCAUUCCAAUGGGCGUCCGUUCCUUUACUUCUCCUUCUCUGGUCGACAUCCGCAGUGCUGGCUGGGCCUGCAUUUGAAAACACGGCUAUUGUGCGCACUGUUGAACUCGGCGGAUCGGUGGUACACGUCACGACAACAUACGCGGUUCGAGCUUUGGAGAACAAUGUGAAGACCUACACUGUUGCCUUGGGUGCUGGUGAUAGAGCAAAGACCAGCUGGUUAGAGGCCAAGAUUAAGGGUCAGGAUAAACCCCUGGACAUCAAGGAGCGCGUCGAGAAGGGCUACUCUUUAAUUGAUGUCACGCUUCCCAAAGCUCUCUCGACUAACAAGACUCUGAACCUUGUUUUCGAGACCGUUCAAACCCAUGCAACGUACCCAUGGCCGGCAACCGCAGCCCAGGGCGAGGAACAGAAACUGAAAUACGCGACUGAACUGUUUGUCCUCAGUCCCUACUCGUCUGUUGUUCAACGUUCGAAGAUCAGGGCAAUGGUUCCUCGAAUUGUGUCCUUCACUGAACCUGUCGGUAUCGAGCCUUUCACCUCGGAUUCUGUGGCAACCAAGUCAGGCGCUACUAUCGUCUACGGUCCAUACAACAACAUUCCCGCUUCGACAAAUGUGAACUUCAUUCAAGAAUACCAACAAACGGUCGUUGUUCACUACCACCAUGAGCAACCUGUCAUUGAGAUUUUGGACCUCAAGCGGGCCGUUGAAGUUAGCCAUUGGGGCGCCAACAUCAACACCCAAGAUGAGAUAACGUUGCACAACGCUGGACCCAAGUUGAAGGGACAUUUCUCUCGCUUCGAACACCAAAAGCAAUCAUACCAGAAGAAACCGGCUCCUCAUAUGCUUCCUGCUUUGCAGCUCAGCCUUCCGGCAGGUAUUCGGGACGCCUACUACUACGAUCAGAUCGGCAAUGUAUCGACGUCUAAGCUCCGAGUCGCUCCUCUGGCGCCUAAGGGCUCACAACGGGUUCAACACAGCGUCUUGGAACUGAGACCACGUUAUCCUCUUCUCGGUGGAUGGAAUUAUAGCUUCACUCUUGGUUGGGACGCACCGCUCGAGAGCUCCGUCAGUUAUGACAAAAAGACCGGAGUGUACACCCUGGAGGUUCCAAUUUUGACCCCGGUUCCAGGGUCCGUCGUCAACCAUGAGGAGCUCAAGAUUAUCCUGCCCGAAGGCGCAACUGAUGUUCAAUUCGCCACGCCAUUCCCUCCCGAAUCCGUAUCUACCGGCACCCAUGUCACCUAUCUUGACACCGUAGGUCGACCUUCCAUUACGUUGGAGUAUAGAGACCUCACCGUCAAGCAUGCACGAGAGAUAUAUGUUACCUACAAAGUACCCUUCUUCUCCCACAUUCGCAAGGCGAUCUCCGUGGCCGGUGUCUUCUUCACAUUGUUCAGCGCUGCCAUCCUGCUUCCCAGGAUCAGCCUCUCCAUUUCUCGCAAGCAAAAAGUCCAAUAG